UGUUUAGUUUUCUCUCUUUGUCAUUGCUAGCGGCAUAGAAAACGCAGCGUUCCGCCGCAGUCGGUCAGCCUCCCGCGCCCGCCCCUGUUUCGCGGCCGCCGUGUUGGAAAAGUACCGUGAAGGCACAGAAACAUGCCAAUGGAGGCUGGCUGACCAAAAUGGCUGGGCGCAUUGAAAUGUGAAAUUUUCCUGCUAAGGUUUAUCCUCUCUGCACGCAAUCCCUGUGUCACGCAAACGCGGCGUCGGGAAUAUUUAGCUUGAGUUGGGAAAAGUGCGUGUGUUGUCUCCUGCCGCUGUUUGUGUAUUUUAGUCGACAUUGCUGCGGGGUUCGCCGCUCUCAGGCCUGUGGUGUUUUUCUAAGGUUCCUGCCUUCUGACCUGCACCAUGUCUGACUUACUGAGAUAUAUCGACUACGACCACAAAGCAACUUUCCUGAAGAUGCUCAACCAGCAGAGGAUGGAAGGUGAGCACUGUGAUGUGGUGGUGGUGGUGGAGAACAUAGAAUUCAGAGCCCAUCGCUGUGUGUUGGCAGCCUGCAGCAACUACUUCAAAAAGCUUUUUAAGAAACAGAACGACGAAGACAACUCCAUCGUGGAGUUGGACUUCAUCCGCUCCGACAUAUUCGAGGAGGUGCUGAACUACAUGUACACGGCCCGACUGUCUGUGAGAAAGAAGGACAUCAAUAUGAUGAUGUCGUCGGGCCAGAUCCUGGGGAUCAACUUCCUGGAUAACCUGUGCACCCAGAAACGUGAGUUGACCAACAUGAAGACCAGGGAGAACCAGGCUCCAGGUGACCACAGUAUGAGAGCUCAGGAUGCCAUUUUGAAGGAACUGGCCAUGGAGGAGGUGAGGAAGAACAGCUUCUACGACCAGGGAAUGGACAGCAUGGGACCUGGCGCCUCACAUGUGGCGCCGCCGCACACCUAUAACACCAACAUGAAUAAGGACCCACACACCCACGGUUGGGGUUCCUCUUCCUCCGGCGACAUGAAGUUGGAGUACCUGCUGUACGGUCACCGCGACCACGGUUCUUGCCAGGGCACAGGUCCAAAGCCCCUGGACCACAACGCUAAAAAGGAGCGUCUCCUCACUGCCAACCGACCCUAUGCCUGUGAGCACUGCCCCAAGGCCUUCACCACCUCUGCCCACCUGAAGGAGCACCUGAAGAUCCACUCUGGUUUCAAGCCUCACCGCUGCGUUGUGUGCGGGAAGGCCUUCAUCAGGGGUCCGGACUUAAAGAGGCACGAGCGGGUCCACAGCAACGAGCGGCCCUUUGCGUGCCAAAUCUGCGAAAAAGCCUUCAAGCACAAGUCCCACUUGAAAGACCACGAACGGCAGCACCGAGGCGAGCGGCCGUUCAACUGCGGCUCCUGCGACAAAGCCUUCAUCAAAGCGUCGGAUCUGAAGCGCCACUGGAACACCAUGCACAGCGGGAACCCCCGCAGACAGAUGUCCCUGUCUCCCGCCGCCUCCCACCACAGUCAGGUAGAGGCCGCUGAGCAGAGAGACUGGAAAAUGGAGACCGGGCCACAUUCACAUAACUCUGGAGACUGUUGAGCCUAGAAGUCUGACAUGAACGCCCACACAUAAACACACACUGAUAUACUGACACACACACACACACACACACACUGAAACCAUGAACACAACCAAAACCCUGUGACAGGCUGCUGAUCAGCCUGACAUCACACAGACACUGAUCAGUGAGUAACAAAAGAUUAUAGCAUGUUCAUAAGACUGUGGGGGCUGUUCAAUUAUUGUUAUAUUAUUAUUAUUAUUAUUAUGCUAAAAAAAAAUGUCCAAACCAUGUUUUCUCUCCACCUGUCAAACAUGUUCACUCAACAAUAUGCAUAUAUUUUUCAUAAAGCGUCAUUUCUAUCUAGACGGAGGGUUCUCUUAACAUAAUUCUCUCUUUACUUUAAUGGGAAGUGUAACAUUUAAAUGUUUGUUUAACCUUGAAUGGAUUUUUACAGAGAUAUAACAGAGAGAAAGGAGAGAAGGGUUAAAAAAAAUUAUAACGGCUUUUCCUUCUCUUCUUUUUUUUUUUUUUCUUCUGCAUAACAUUUGUUGCUUUGAGUAUAUUCAUGUGGAUGUUUUUAAAUGGCUGUGUUUAGUUGUAUUGAUUGAUAUUACAGUGUAAGAGUAAAAAGUCAUCAGUUUUGCAUCGGAGUGCAGAUGAUACCAAAGUCUUGGGCCUUUGUGGGAUUGUCUGUAGAGGCUGUCCUGCCCAAGCAGUCGGUCAGUUAGAUUUACUGUUAUACAGUAUAACUGUCAUCCAGCUAUCAACAGUUAAUGAUAGAUGUCUGUAUAUACUGUAGCUUAGUUAGUUGCACAGUUUGAGUACACAAUAAUGACUUAUGCACAUAUAACAUUGUCCUACACGUUGACAAUAAACACCCGUUGCUGUGUUUUAUUCUUUUAUUCCUUUAAUUUUUUUUUUUUGCAGACUUUGGAAAAAAAGUGAAAAAAGUCUUUAGUAGUUUUAAAACACUUGGCCAGGUCAGGGGUCUCAAACGGGGCCACUGCUGUAAUACAGUGUUUGAUGUUCAGUUUAAUUUCAUUUUUUUUUAUUAGUAUGUUUUGUUUAAAAUAAAUACUGCUUAGUACAGCAGUGCAAUCUGUGAGAAUACGUUAUUUCUCAUUGGAAGUAAGUUUGAGACCCCUCUCUUACAGAAAUAAAAAAUAAAUGAAUGUUAAACACAUAUGGGUAAUUUGACGAAAUGUUAUUAGUGUUUCAGAUUUAUUCAAACCUGGGUAGAAGUUCAGCAACAGUACUUACAAUUUAAAGUACUAAAAAAAAAAAGCACACAGUUUUGUAUGUAAAAUAUAAGGUAUUUGUAUUUUGUUUUCAAAAUGCUUUAGUUAAUUAUUUGGAAAAUGUUCACAUUUGUGAGUAUUUGUGUUUCAUUGAUUUAUUUUAUUUUGAAAGUUUAAAUCAUUAUUUACCAGGUUAUCUGGAUCAAUGUAAUUACCGUUACCUUAAUAAUUAUUAUAACUUCUAUAAUAAUAAUAAUAGUUCUCAUUAUAAUAAAUGCAUUACGUUUAUAC